CGGUGUGCGUGAAAAUAACGUGUGUGCGUUGUACCUUCUUGUUUUGGUCUCCGGUUGAAAUUUUAGAGUUACCGUAAAAAAGUGGAAAUUUUAACAUUUUUGGCCUUUUUCGUGCGUGAUAACAGCAAGUUAGAGCAACGGGCAACUCCUGCCGUCUUUCUAGUUGGAAUAGAACCCCUCUCGGCCGGACAAACUCUGAUAAACUGCAUCCAGCCUCACAAAAGACGAGAUUGAAACCACGGAAAAGGAUUCUUACUUUUCCUCUUCAGACAAAAGAUAUCCUUUUUCCAACGGGAGCGCAGGGAUCGCACCAAAUCUCAUCCGCAAUAUCCGUAUCGUGCUAAGAGAAGCCGCCACAAAGCUAAAUAUGUUCACCGGAAAUUCGGGAAUGUGGCCUUAGUAGCCUUUCCCUAAAAUAGCAGAGGGCUAUAUCCCCAAAGUCUAUAGCCGCUAGAUGUAACACCGAAUUGUUUCGUGGUACCGUUGUGAAUCUCCUUGGAGUGCAGGGGGGUUCCAUGAACCCUACCAGCUUCAACUGUAAAAAUUCUAUCGAGGUACGACGAUAAGCGACAAGUUGUUCGAAAGAGUUUGAACGAUGGCAGGAGACUUUUCCGGCUGCACCGCACGGAAGAAAAACCGGGCCCAAUCCAUCGAGUACAACCCGGUGAAGACAGACGGUGGCCAGAACUCGAAGCAACCCACGAAUCCAAUGACGACUCGCAGCGGUCUUCGAGUGUAUAAAAUUGUCAUCCUAGGGGAUGGUGGGGUCGGCAAAUCGGCGGUAACACUUCAGUUCGUCAGCCAUAGCUUCCUGGAUUAUCAUGAUCCCACGAUCGAAGACUCGUACCAGCAGCAGGCCGUGAUCGAUGGAGAGGCCGCGCUGCUCGACAUCCUCGACACGGCCGGUCAGGUUGAGUUUACGGCCAUGCGCGAUCAGUACAUGCGGUGUGGCGAAGGUUUCAUCAUCUGCUAUUCGGUUACCGAUCGGCACAGUUUCCAGGAGGCGUCCGAAUAUCGGAAGCUGAUCGCACGGGUACGCCUUACCGAGGACAUUCCACUCGUGCUGGUAGCGAAUAAGCUAGAUCUGCAAUCCCAACGCAAGGUCUCGACAGAGGAAGGAAAAACGCUGGCCAAACAGUUUGGCUGUCCGUUCUAUGAAACUUCGGCUGCGCUACGGCACUAUAUCGAUGAGGCAUUCUUCUCACUGGUGCGCGAAAUUCGACGAAAAGAAGAGCAACGGACACUGAACGGUGGGUCGAGCUCGGAAAAGAUCCAUCCCCGAAGACGUAGCCGCUGGUGGCGACUGCGUUCCAUUUUUGCGCUGGUCUUUCGGCGCCGGCGAAACCUUACCAGCACCGAACAGUAGAUGGUUAGCAUAUUGAGCGACACGACAAGAGGGAACAUCGACGACAAGCACAGUAGUGGACCGACUUGUUCCCCCUUGGCAGUACUAGCGAUCACCUGCGUCUUGCGCUGCCCUGUUUUCCAAAGAUGGUCUGUAUUAUUUAGCAGCAUUACGAAUUAGAUGUCACGUUUUGUGUAGCUAUAGAGCGCUACGGGUAGAGUUUUCCGAUCUUACACGCCCACCCUGUGCGUGCUUCAAUCAACGAAACACUAAACUAUCUCAUGCUGCGGCGAUGCUGCACCCUAGCUCUAAGUUGAUUUUAACAAAUUAUUAAGUUAAGAGCGAAUCCGGAUGGAGCCGCCUAGAAAAGAAACAAAUGGAAAACCAAAGUGAAGAGGCAGGUGAAACGUAAAUCGUGAUCUGAUUUGAAUCGAGUGGAAUGAUUUUAGUAAGCAAAGCCCGUUUUACCAGAAUACCUGCGCCACAUAAACCCUUAAGAACCUAAAUCACACACCUAGAUAGUAGUACCGUAGCUGUCGAUGAAAGAACCUUCCUUUGUAUUCAAGCGGUUAGUACCACCCACCGGAAGUGGUUCCUUUGAGCAGGUUCAAUGGCACAGCCCUUGGAGCUUGUUGGUCAGUUUUUUGUUCAAUCAGUAUUGAUAAGAUAUAAGCGAAACUAAACAGUAGCAUUAGGAGUAAUAUCUCUGAACCAACGAACGAACUUCCGAGGUCAUGUGUGAUUACGGUGUAUGUUAAACCCCACGUAAGAUGUUACAAAAAUCUCCACGAUUAAGGCACCUAGUGCAUAUUAUCAAGUUUAGGUUGCAGAACUCUGGUAGCAAAGUUGUUUUAUGGUCGAAAUUUACGAAAAUAUUUAUUUACAAGCAGCUGUUGAUCGAAGAUCGGUAUCGACCGUUAUCGGUUAAACAACAUACCCUUACGCAAACACAUCAGAUUAAAACAAAUCAAACGGUAAUCAUGCAGUGCAAUCAAUGCUGGAAUAGACUGGGAUGUUCUUAUCCUUGUGGAAGAUGGAACAUCGAUUAAGAAAGAGUAGGAAACCAAACAAAACCAUACCAAACUAACCCCCCAAUAUCUGUGAUGUACGCCAAAACAAUGAAUGUACCGUCAUAUUCUAUUCAGUGUUCUCUAAGAAUUAUAGUUUCUCUGCAAUUUUUUACCUACACCGAUGCCGAUUUUUUACGUUCUUUUGAUAAAUGUUCAUUGAGACUCUAAAGUUUAAAGCUUUAUAAAAAUGAUUUCAUCACUUCCAAGGCAGACACGUGGUCGUGCAGAGUAUGUUUUAGAAACAACAAUACAUUCUCAAUUGUAAUCCUCGGUAGAUGGAAUUCUUUCGCGGACGAGGCCGAUGUCCAGCGACGUGAACUGGCAUAUGCAUCGUUAAGCGAACCUGCCAGUAUCGAAACUACUUCCGAAGAUGUUUUAAUGGUUAGUUUCAAAUAAUUUUCGAACGCCAGUUUUGCCCGUGGCAGCCAAUGGAAAAUGGAAUGGAAUGUUGCCAACGAUGCACCCUGAAGAUGACAGUCAGCAUUGGAGAGAAGCACAAUUUGUAUUGCAGAUUGAGAAAAGUAUCAAUAUUAUUGGUGGACAUUGAACUGUACGCCUAAGAUCUAAACAUAAACGACAACAAACACUCAAAACAGGGUUAAAAUGUAAUAGUUGUAAAAUAUAUAUAAAUAUACAGUAAAACCAGUUCUUAACAUAAGCCAGUCAAUAGCCGCGAAGAUGUUAUAAAAGCAAUUGAUAGCCAUCAGCUAAUCGAGUGUGUCGCAAAUGUCACAGACAAGGAUUUCUAUGCAACUAUGAGCGAAGGUACAACAGAACGGGUUCAUUAUCAGGUGGGAAUGAGGGAAAUCAAAGAUCUUAUGUUUACCAUCAAUUCAUCAAUUUAAUCAUCUCGUUUUUGCCUCUAACCAUUCCUGGAAGAUGCAUAAAUAAUCCGAAUCGAAUGUAAAUCAGCAACUACUGAAAUUAAGUCAGUGCACAACCAUUUUUUCCCUUCUGUUAGAACUCAAAAGCAAUAGUAUUAGGACCACGUCUCCGCAACAGGAUAACUCAUCGUAUAUACCCAGCACAGCCAUUUGCUGUCAUAUUUAGUAAGAAACUAGGAAGGAUUUGACUUGCAAUAAUAUAUGCAGGCGCCAUAGUAGUACUGUCUGAUACAACCGUAGUCUUACCUGAUAGCCGUGAACAUGGAACUUCCUUCCGCCAUAGGACAUCAGUCAACAGCAAUAGAAAAGGGUAGAGAAAAUGUUGUUCGAUCUCCUUCUUGCUGCUAGCAUUGCUCGUAUCAAGCAGCAAUAAUUGAUUUCUUCGGGAAUUGACAGAACCAUAUGACAAGAUAUUAAGCCUAUCUUCAAGAUUUUGUUGCAGGGAUCGCUGUUUGUUUCCUGUCGUAAUAAUCGUUACCAAUGAGUAAAAUGUUUCUGGAUUACCUAAUGUAGGACAUGAGUUGUACGACAUAAUAAUUUCUUCAAUACUUCGCUAGUGGAAUGUUUGUGACUUAGAAAAGCCCUUUUAUCAUUGAAACAUGAUCGUAUGAGCUCGAGAUGUGGAAUGGACCAGCGACAAUAAUGAAUUGCAUAACCCACUAUACCAAAGGCUACAAACUCUGCCGGCUUUUUAAGGAAUUGUAUACUUCUGAACUCGUGCAACUUCAAUUUAUUGGUCAUCUGUGUAGCAUCAGAUUUGUUCACAUUCAUUAGUGAUGCUUUAGUUGGUUCUCCACGGACAUAUGCGCAUCUCAAGUUAAAGACAGCGAUAUAGCGCCUGGAAUGGCUUGAUAACUUGUAAGCUAUUUUGUUACAGCGUCCAAAACCAUAGGUAGAAGCGGUAGAACUUACACACCACCUUGAAAAACUUUAGUUCCUCGAAGCAAAAUGCAUUUAGUAGGACAAUUUACUGUUUGCCCGUACCUUUAUUACAGUACUUUUGUCAAAUUGAGAAGCCGGGAAUUUAUGUUGAAAUUGAUUACUUUCCGAGAACGAGAUGGGAUGAGGUUCCAUUGCUAGGUUAAGGCGAGCAUUAGAGUGGUUAAAAUUUCAGUAUUUAAUGUUAUGGCCUCGGUGAAAAAACCAAGAAUGUUGUUGCAUAAAAAUCAUGCUAAUGUGUGUGGUCCGGCGAGAAGAGCAUCAAAUGGCCACGCCGUUUGGCAGUAAGAAAUAAAGU